AUGUGGUCCUCGGUGCUCGAGCGCAGUGCGUCGCUGCUGCUGCGCGCCCUUGCCCGGCUCCUGCUCGCCCUGUUCGUCCUCUUCCAGACCGUCGGCGGUCCCAGGAAUUCCCGGUCCGUCUCACCUGCGGUUCAGCCGCUCCUCCUGCUCUCUGGAGUGGAGUUAGCGCGCAGGAUUCGGCGGAGGCAGGUAAAGUGUGUGGGUGUAAUGCAAGCAUAUAUCAGCAGAAUCAAAGAUGUCAAUCCCAUAGUCAAUGCUCUUGUAGCAGGGAGGUUUUCAGCUGCCUUGAAAGAGGCCCAGCAGGUGGAUAAAAGACUUGCUGAAGGAAAUGAAGAUGAAAAAUCACUUGAAGAGAGUGUUCCUUUCCUUGGUGUUCCUUUCACAGUCAAAGAAGCGUUUGCAUUAGAGGGUUUACCCAAUUCUUCUGGUCUUGUAAGCCGCAAGAAUGUAAUUUCCCUUACAGAUGCUGCAGUUGUUACUAAUCUUCGAAAAGCUGGUGCCAUCCCUUUAGGUGUUACAAACUGCAGUGAACUGUGUAUGUGGUAUGAAUCGAGUAACAAUUUGUAUGGAACAACCAGAAACCCAUAUAAUGUGGAUCGCAGCGGUGGAAGCUCGGGUGGUGAGGGGAGCAUUAUUGCUGCAGCUGGGUCAGUAAUGGGUGUGGGUUCUGAUGUUGGUGGGAGUAUUCAAAUGCCUGCCUUCUUCAAUGGAAUUUAUGGACACAAACCUACAGCAGGUUUGGUACCCAAUAGUGGUCAAUUUCCAGAAGGAACAGGUUUAAGAGUGAAACUCCUGUGUACUGGUCCCAUGUGUCGUUAUGCAGAAGAUCUCAUUCCAAUGCUCAAAAUUAUGGCUGGUCCAAAUAUUUCCAAGGUGAGGCUUGAUGAAGAAGUAUUUAUGAAGAAAGUCAAAUUUUAUUCCAUGGAAAAUGAUGGGGGAUCUUCACUUGUCUCCACAGUAGAUAAUGAGCUUAUCCGUGCUCAGAGGAAGUUAAUUGAAUACCUUGAAGUGCAAUUUGGUGUUCAGGUGCAACAAGUUCAGAUUCACGAAAUGAAGUAUGCUUUUCAGAUAUGGUCAGCAAUGAUGUCCUUUCCUGAGUCUGAUGGCAAGGAACCUGUGUCCUUCAAAGAUUUGAUGGGAGAUUGUGGGAAGGAAAUUAAGCCAUUGUGGGAACUGGUGAAAAAAGUUCUGGGACUAUCAUCACACACAUUUCCUGCUAUAGGUCUUAGUAUUUUGGAGGAGUGGGCCAAGAUAAAUCAGCAGAGUAGUGCCAAGUUGAUGAGCAUGUGCCAGAAUCUUGAAGCUGAGUUUUGCAGUUUACUCGGAGAUUAUGGUGUAUUUUUAUACCCAUCUCAUCCAAAAAUUGCACCCAGACACCAUCACCCUAAAUUUAUGCCUUUCAACUUUGCAUACACAGCUAUUUUUAAUGUGCUUGGACUGCCGGUGACUCAGUGUCCCCUCGGGAUGAGCAAAGAUGGGCUGCCACUUGGAAUUCAGCUUGUAGCCAAUCACCAUCAUGACCACCUUUGUCUAGGAGUGGCUCGACAUUUAGAGGGUGCCUUUGGUGGAUGGCAAAAUCCGGGAGCACCCUGAAUAUAUUUCAAAUUAAUCUGUUCCUGCUUAAACAACAUUCAUAUAUAGUGCUACUCGAUAAGAGACAUGAAAUCAAAUUACAAUAUUUUCUUCUUUGUGAAAUAAUCACAUUUUAUCAAUUCAAUAGCAAUGCAAGUGGGAAAUAUAAUUUUGAAAGAGCUCUGUUGCUUGUAGUUUUACAUCACUCCAUUAUUAGUACCUUUUAACAUUAACAGAUAAAUCUGUACACUAUAUAAAAAAGUUGUGUUCAUGAUACCAAAUUGUGUAUGAUCAUUCAUCCUAUGAGUUGUAGUUAAAGCUAAUCUAGUGUAAUCAAAGCUUUAAUGUAAGUUUUCUUCUGAGAAACACUACAUACCUCUAGAAUUAUGAACUGUGGGCUUUAAUUAACACUUUUUAUAGCUUGACGUUUAGCAGAUUAUUUUCAGUUGAUUUAUUACUUUUAAAAAUUCACUUGCAGCAAGUUUGACCAAUCUUGUAUGGAUCAUUUUUCCUCAUGUAACCUUUCAGCAAAACUGUUUCUCAUAUUGUCGGUUUUCAUUAUCACUCAAUAAUAGCUGUAAAAUUAGUGAAAGAUGCUGUCUCUUUUAGUUAACAAAAUUGAGAACAUUGUCACAUUUUCAAUUGGACCUUGUUCAGACUGAGAAUAUAUUAUUAUAGCUUUGUGGUGGUACUGCACUAGAACUUUCUUCCUAGAUGUGUGUUUUUUUUAUUUGAAAUGUAAAUUUGUGUAUUUGAAAACCAGUUUUAGGCAAUAAAAUUACUCUAAGUGCA